CCCUCCGCCGCCGCCGCCGCCGCCGCAGUCCGUCCGCCUCAGCGCCGCGCUCCGGCCGGAUCCGGGAGGGGAGGCAGGACGGGCGCGGAGCCUUCGCCUCAGCCCCGGGGCGGCGUUGGAGGGGAGGCUCGGCUGAGGGCGCCGCAAUGGGGCGAGCGCCGGGGAGGAGCCCGCCUUGGUGGCCGCGCGGCUGAGGCAGGCGGGCGGGUGGGUCGGUCGCGACCGGCGCUUCGUCUCCUCAGCCGGCGGAGGCGAGACGGCAGCGGGCAGCGGCGGAAGAUGGGAGCCGGAGGGGAGCCGCCGUUUCUCCCGCAGCCGCCGGCGCCGGGGACGGAGGGGAAGGCAGCGGCCUGGCGGGGGCGACGCGGGCUGAGGGACUGUGGACUGGCAGACUGAUUCCCUUUGAAGUGGAUGAAGCGGUUCCUGCCCCUCUGGGAUAUCAUAGGUGAUGCCCAGCUCUACGGCGAUGGCCAUUGGGGCUCUUUCUAGCUCCCUCCUUGUGACCUGCUGCCUGAUGGUUGCUCUCUGCAGCUCCUCGGCCCCUUUUCAAAAACUGGCCAAGGCUCAAGACAAGCAAGAGAUAAAAGCAAGCCAAGAAAAGAGAGACCAUGCAUCAGCCCGGGAGAACCAGAACCAGACCGGGCCGGGAAAAACAAACGAAGUUGGCAGGAAUGGUAGAGAGGAGGGUACGAAAGACUGGAAGAACAGAAGCAGCAGGAAUUAUUCUAACAAGGAAUCUUGGACUAAGCAAAAGCAGGCUGUGAGCAGCCAGGCAACCAGCAUUAAGUUUGGGAGCCUCCAAGCCCGAGAGCAAAUGGAUGGCGUCCGAGAGGAGCUUCCGGUUGUGGAAGAGUCCUCCCUUUUGGAUGUUGUUGCUAGUACUACCCCCGAACCUCCAGAGGAGUACGCUUAUCCGGACUACCGUGGGAAAGGCUGUGUGGACGAGAGUGGCUUUGUAUAUGCUAUUGGGGAGAAGUUUACACCGGGUCCCUCUGCUUGCCCUUGCCUUUGCACGGAAGAGGGCCCGCUGUGCAUUCAGCCAGAGUGCCCUAGGCUCCACCCACGAUGUAUUCAUGUAGAUACGAGUCAGUGUUGCCCGCAGUGCAAGGAAAGGAAGAACUACUGUGAGUUCCGGGGGAAAACCUAUCAGACCCUGGAAGAAUUCAUGGUUUCACCAUGUGAGAAAUGCCGCUGUGAAGCCAAUGGAGAAGUGGUCUGCACCGUGUCUGCUUGUCCUCAAACCGACUGUGUGGAUCCUGUGUACGAACCAGAUCAGUGCUGUCCCAUCUGCAAAAAUGCCAUCUUCCCAUCUGCUUCAUCAUCCCAAGCUCCAUGGAAAAGCAGUGGCCUGAACUCAGUCUAUUCAGUGGAAGAAGACAUCUAGGAGUGAUUGUGUCUGCUGUCUCAGUCACCUUGAUAUUGCAGAGAUUCACCAGAGUAUCAGGAGAACCACCAGCCAGGUCGGUAGAAAAAUCUACUGAAGCUGUCAGGAUCCAUCAGUCUGGGGUAGACCAACCAAACUGGUCCCCCACAUCUGCAGAGUUUGAAGUUGUUGGAAGUCCAAAGCUCAUCAGUAUUCUGUUCAUGACAAGUCACCGUUGGAACCUCUCCUGUUCUCACAUCAUCGAUAUUAUGCCCAUUUUGAAACACCAGAUUCCUAGUGAAUGAACAAGCACAUACGUUAAGACUUAAAAAUUUUCUGGGAUAAUCCCACAGAUCUUUUUCUCUUGAAGUAGAAGCUACAACUAAAAAAAUGCUAUUAUAGAAUCAACUCUUCAGAUUUUUUUAGACUGUACGUUCCCUGUUUUUGAAGACGUUGUUAAUAUUUUGAUUUCAUUAUUCUUAUUAUUUUUAUAAUUUAUAUUUGCCUUUCAACAAAAGACAAAUACUUUUGUCACAACUGUAAUAAAUUACGCCACUCUGUGCAUCUCAAAAUGUGUUUAUUAGUUAAUGACAGGUUUUUCUGAUUAGGAGCUAGCUCUAGCCAGAAAGAAGUUAGACUUUUUUAUCUGUACAGUUUGUUUUUAAAUUUGGGUGUAAUAUGUUUAUGGGAGCUUCCCUUAUGUUCAAUUACAACAAGCAUUUUGGACAUGCUCAGGGGUCUGCAACCUGCGGCUCCCCAGAUGUUCAUGGACUACAAUUCCCAUCAGCCCCUGACAGCAUGGCCAAUUGGCCGUGCUGGCAGGGGCUGGUGGGAAUUGUAGUCCAUGAACAUCUGGAGAGCCGCAGGUUGCAGACCCCUGGGCAUGUUGAUCAGAUGCUGCUGAUUGAUUACCUAUUAUUUAACCACAGUCAAAUAUGAUUAAAAUGUAAUUUAAAUUAA